UGGCAGACCGUUGGUUUGAUGCACAGCUUCCAUAAAUCCCGACAACCCGGUCCGAUUACCCGGUUAUUGAGCUGUACCGACGACCAGAAGAAGGUUUACAGAGGCAUGAAUCUCGCUCCCACUUUCGAGGUUCCCUCUUGGAGCACUCAUCCUAAGACCCAUGACUGGUACCCAGCAAUUAACAAACCAGUAGGAGUUCUUUACUGGCUUCAACACAGUGAAGAUGCCCAGCAUGUGGACUGGGUUGUUAUUCUUGAUGCUGACAUGAUCAUUCGAGGUCCUAUCAUCCCUUGGGAACUCGGUGCUGAACUCGGAAGACCCUUUGCUGCCCAUUACGGCUACUUGGUUGGCUGCGAUAACAUCCUUGUCCGUUUGCAUACAAAGCACCCUGAACUCUGUGACAAAGUUGGCGGUCUUCUCGCCAUGCAUAUCGAAGAUCUUCGCGUCUUGGCCCCUCUCUGGCUUUCCAAAACUGAAGACGUUCGCCAAGAUACUGCUCACUGGACUACCAACAUUACCGGAGAUGUUUACGGCAAAGGUUGGAUCAGUGAGAUGUAUGGUUACUCCUUCGGUGCUGCAGAGGCAGGGCUUAAGCACAAGAUUAACGACGACUUGAUGAUAUAUCCUGGCUAUGUUCCACGAGAAGGCGUUGAGCCUGUUCUUCUGCAUUACGGUUUGCCUUUUUCCAUUGGGAACUGGUCUUUCACUAAACUGGACCACCACGAAGACAAUAUUGUCUAUGACUGCAACCGUCUCUUCCCCGAGCCUCCAUAUCCAAGAGAGGUGAAAAUGAUGGAACCUGAUCCGUACAAGCGAAGAGGUCUACUUUUGAGUCUGGAAUGCAUGAAUACAUUGAACGAGGGACUCAUACUGCGUCACGCAGAAAAUGGCUGCCCGAAACCAAAGUGGUCCAAAUACUUGAGCUUUCUCAAGAGCAAAACUUUCAUGGAGUUAACAAAGCCUAAACUGCUUGCACCAGGAAGUGUACAUAUCUUGCCGGACCAACACCAGCCGCCACCAGUCGAUGAAUUCAAAGGAGCUUAUCCAAAGAUUCACACACUGUUUUCUACUGAGUGCACAACUUAUUUCGAUUGGCAAACAGUCGGCUUCAUGCACAGUUUCCGCCAGAGCGGCCAACCCGGAAAUGUCACUCGGCUUCUCAGUUGCACAGAUGAAGAUCUUAAAAACUAUAAAGGUCAUGACUUGGCCCCGACACAUUAUGUUCCUUCCAUGAGCAGACAUCCUCUAACAGGCGAUUGGUACCCGGCAAUUAACAAACCAGCAGCGGUUGUCCAUUGGCUUCACCACACAAACAUUGAUGCAGAGUACAUAGUAAUUCUUGAUGCUGACAUGAUCCUCCGAGGACCCAUCACUCCUUGGGAGUUUAAGGCAGCUCGAGGCCGACCAGUUUCAACUCCUUACGACUAUCUAAUUGGAUGUGAUAACGACCUUGCAAGACUUCACACGCGUAAUCCAGAGGCUUGUGAUAAAGUUGGUGGAGUCAUUAUGANGGACAAACNUGGUUAUUCGUUUGGCGCUGCAGAGCUGAAUUUGCGGCAUAUCAUAAACAAAGACAUAUUGAUAUAUCCCGGUUAUAUACCUGAACCUGGUGCUGACUAUCGAGUUUUCCAUUACGGUCUUGAGUUCAAAGUUGGAAAUUGGAGCUUCGACAAGGCGAAUUGGAGGAACACCGAUUUGAUCAACAAAUGCUGGGCAAAGUUUCCAGACCCGCCUAACCCUACGGCAGUCCAUGAAACAGACAAUGAUCUGCGGCAAAGAGACCUUCUCAGCAUUGAAUGUGGACAGAAGCUAAACGAAGCUCUGUUUCUGCAUCACAAGAGAAGAAACUGCCCUGAACCUGGGUCUGAAUCGACCGAGAAGAUGUCGGUUUCGAGGAAAGUUGGUAAAGUUGAAACGAAACAACAGUCCCAAGGAAGCGAUGAUACGAAAGAAUCAGAAACAACAGGUUCGACAGAGUCUGAAGGGAGAUUCAGCACGUUGAAGUUAUGGGUGAUAGCACUGUGGUUGAUAUCUGGUGUAGGGUUCCUAGUAGUGAUGCUGUUGGUGUUCUCGACUCGUAAAGUGAGAGGAACAACAAGAGGGAAAGGGUACAGAAACAAGAGACGAACUUCGUACUCGAACACGGGUUUCAUGGACACAAAAUGAUCGAGAAAGAGUGAAGGCUUACUUGAUUCAAGAGUAUGAGAGCAUUGUGUAGAUACAAACUAAACCAAAGCUAAAAAGAAAAAAGGUGAGACAAUUUACUCUUUGGAUUUUCCCCCCAAAGUCAGUCAUAUAGGUUUACUUUGUACUUUUCAGGGAUUUGUGUUUUUUUUUUUCUUUUCUUAAUUUCUGAAUUCGUAUUUCUGCUA